UCAGCAGCUCCUGAAGGGGUGAUGUACGUCUCCAAAUGAGAGAAGCCUCAGGGUGCAGACGUCUGGAGAAGUUGGCACCAGCACCAAGAGAUAUAGAAGCCAAAGGCGAUCCUCUGACUCUUGCUGGCAUCCAAUGGGACCAUGAGUACGUUAAACACAACCCAGAAUAUCACUUAUUCCUCCAAAGUGCCGACUUCACUGCCGGGAGCAUCAGUAGGCAUAGCUGUGCUCUCACUUGCUUUCCUUCUGGGUUUCCCCGGCAAUGCCUUUGUAGUGUGGAGCGCAGGCUGCCUUGUCCGGAAGCGGACGAUCACCUGCCUCCUCAUCCUCCAUUUGGCCAUAGCUGACUUGGUCGUGCUGCUCACUGCACCCAUAUACCUGCGUCUUCUAAGCGCUGGGCGCUGGGAACUGGGCGAUGUUGUCUGUCGACUUUGCCAUUACACCUGCGGGGUCAGCAUGUAUGUCAGUGUCUUCCUCAUUGCCUUCAUGAGCCUGGACCGCUGUCUGGCAGUCACUAGGCCCUUCAUCUCACAGAAUAUUCGCACCAAACGUACCAUACAGCUCCUGGUUUUGGCCAUUUGGUUUCUGGGCAUGCUCUUGGCCAUCCCAAUGAUCUUCUUCCGAAAAGUGUCACCUACGCCUUAUGGGCCCUUGUGUGUCCUCAGCCACCCGACAGUCAAUUAUUUGGUCUUCCACAACCUCUUUGAAACCAUCACUGGAUUCAUGCUUCCUUUUGUCACCAUCAUCUUCAGCUAUGGGACUAUUAGCCGACGACUACAGGAGACCCGUUUCCGCCGGAAGCGCCGCACGGGCCGGCUCAUCAGCCUCAUUGUGCUAGCCUUUGCUGCUUUUUGGCUGCCAUAUCAUGUGGUCAACUUUCUGGAUGUGGUCGCUGUGUGGAGCGGCUCCACAAAGGUCAAAGAGGUAGCACAGAUGGCUAGACCUACUUUGGUUGCUCUUGCCUUCUUCAGCAGUAGCAUCAACCCUAUCCUUUACGCCUUCAGCGGUGGUGCCUUCAUCCGAUCAGCUGGCAUUGGCUUCAUGGCCAAGCUCUUUGAAGGAACAGCCUCAGAAAUGUCCACCAUUAGGCAUGGGAACAGCCGGGACCAUCAGCAUGAAAUGAAAACCAAGUUGAAAGCCUUCGAGAAUGGGAGUCCAGAGGAGCUGACCACAUCUACCAGUCCAACUAUGGACAGUGAAAAAUCUCGAGAUGUGGGAGAUGCUCAGAAGUCUCUUAAAUCACCUUGAGAGGCUACCAUAGACUGAUGUGGAUUCUGUAUAUUGAUGAGUUUCAUGUCAAGCACAGAGUAUUCAUACAUGUGAAAGAAACACUCUCAAGAGUUAUUGCAAGGACCCAUAAAAGGACCCACUUUACACUGUAAAGUACUCGCACAUGAGUAAAUUCAUGGUUAUACAUGACCAGUAUUUAGACAUCAUAACUGGUAUAAAAGGCACUGCUUGGUUCUAUCUUGGUUGGAUCAGCCAGUCACUGAUCACCACUUCAUGAAGGGCGGGUUCUAGAAUAAGAGUGCAUCUGAGCAUGUGCCGAGUGCACUGCACUCCCAUAUGUUUGAUAUUUGUGCUGGGCUUCUAAGCAUGUUGGAGACAUGGCCUCCUUCUUUCUUGCUCCCUUUAAAAAAAAUCUUAACUUUUGCAGCUGCUCUGACUUAACAGUUUAUAUAUUAUUGGAAAUUAAGCCUGGCCUCCUUCUCACAUAACAGCAAACCACGGGAUCCAUGGUCCUGCAGUUUGUCCCCAUUUCCCCCACUGCCCUCACAGACUAUCCGAUCUGGAGUCUGGAGGAACUGGCUGAGUGGACUCCCUCCUUUUGCAUGAAGGAAAGCUGCAGCAGCCUAUCAGAAGGAAGAGGGAGGAGCUUACUAUGCUCAGGUCCAGUUGAAGAUAAGCUGCAGCCUUCAGAUGACACAAUGCCGCUUUCUGACCGGAGGUUUCGGCAGCGAAUCUGAACUGCGAUUGAAGAUUCAGGUUUGAACUCGGAAAACUCCGGUCGCUUUUCUUUUGGAACCGUGUGUCCCCGUAUUCGGACAGCGGCAAACCUGAACCUCUGGCAUGUUUGCCUCCAGUUUACCAUUUAUGUGUGAAGGCGGCCUUAGUCACAGUAACAAAGAACUGCAUAUAUAUCCUUGUGAAUUGAGUUAGUCCUAACAAGUUGGUCUCACUGGUGUUUAGUCAUGGCUAACUCUCUUUAUUUUUAUAAUUUUUUUUAAUUUUAUUUAAAAUAUUUCCAUACCACCCAAAACUUGCGUCUCUGGGCAGUUUACAAUUAAAAUCAUUUAAAAGAUUAAAUCAAAUAACAAUUAAAAUCAUUUAAAAGAUUAAAAACAUUUAAACCCAGUAUUAAAAUUAUUUAAAAUUAUAAAUCUAAUUAAAA